GGAUCGCCUUGUCGGCGGCGGGCAGGGAACGGGCGGAAUUUUCUCCCAUCCCGGCUCGGGCCUGUGAGGAGAUGGUGGCGGCUCUCCCUCCCUGAGUGAGUGCGGGGUCGGUGAGGGCGGCGACGAUUGCCCGGUGCUCGGGCCUGGGCCUGCGGGAGCAUUCGGGAACAUUCCGCGGCCCAGACAGACACCAGACCCCAGCGAGGGUGCGGUAACUGCAGCCCCCCCCGCCCCCGGAGAUCAGGGCCGGGGUAAAGGGCCCAGUGACGGGUUGUCACCAGAUGGCUUCAGGAAGAGUGGAAUCCUGCACGCUUGGAGAGCAUUCUUCAGAAGGGAGUCCUCUGUAUCCUGGUUUGUCGAAUCCUCCUGCUCGAUCACAGACUUCUGGCCAUCUGCAUUCUGCAAUGCAGGCUUUGCCUAACCAGCCAUCUCCACUAAAUGUGGCAGCAGGUUUAUGUGGGACUGAUGCAGAGCUGCAGAAGAUGUUAAUUGAUGAGCGAAUGAGAUGUGAACAUCACAAAACUAACUAUCAGACACUGAAGGCAGAACACACAAGGUUGCAGGAUGAAUAUACCAAAGCUCAGCAUGAAUUAAAACGACUACUCGUGGAUAAACAGAACACCCAUGAGAAAUUCCAACUUCUUCUAGCUGAACUGAGGGGGGAGUUAUUGGAUAAAACAAGGGAGUAUGAAGAACUGAAAAUGCAGGUAUUAACACCUCAGAAGCUGGAGCUACUGAAAGCACAAAUUCAACAAGAUCUGGAGACACCUAUGAGAGAACGCCUCAGGAAACAAGAGGAGGAAGCUGAAAGGUACAGGGCAGAAUAUAAUAAGUUGCGUUAUGAAUACACUUUCCUAAAAUCAGAGCUUGAGCAUCAAAAGGAAGAGUACGAACGACUCUUGGAGGAGAAGGUGAUCCGAUUUGAAGCUGAGAUUGCUAGACUGGAUGCUGACAAACAGGCUCUGAAUGACCAGAUAAUGAGUAUUGAUCCCACCAGGGACAGUAAACGUGUGGAAGCACUCCUGAGGGAAAAGGCCCAACUCUGUCAGAAGGUCAAGAGUCUGGAGGCUGAGGUUGCAGAACUACGGGCUGAGAGGGAAAAUUCUGGCUUGCAAGCUGAAAAUGUGCAGAGAAUACAAGUGCGACAGUUAGUUGAAACCCAAACCCUUGUUAAGUCUUUGGAGGCAGAGAAGCAGUCUAUUAAACUUCAGCAUGAGCGUUUGGAGAAGGAACUGCAGCUGGUUCUUGAACAGAAUACUCAGUUGACCAGCAAGUUGUUCAAGGCAGAGCGGGAAGUUAAUGCUUUGUCCAGCAAACUUGAAGAAUGCAAACACUCUCAUAAACUGGAAAUUACAAACAUUAAACUGGAAGCAGCAAGAGCCAAAGGGGAGGUUGAGAGAGAGAGAGAUAACAUGCAAAGUGAAAUGAAUGGGUUGCAGUCAGAUAUUGAGAUUCUCAAGGCCAAUAUUGUAAGACACAAAGAGCUCUUGGCAGAAAAGGAGAGGGAACUAAUUCGGAAAGUGCAGGCAGCUAAAGAAGACGAUUUCCAGAAACUUACAGCACUCCAAGAUGAAAGGCUAGAACUAGAGAAUAAGGUUGCUGACCUCGAAAGAUUGAAGGCUGAGCAAGAGUUAACCUGGCAAGCUGACAAAGAGCACAUGGAAGAAAAGUUGCAUGCUUUACAGUUAGCAGAGGAGGCAUCCAAGAGGGAGAUCCAGAACCUCAGGUCUAAGCUUCAGCAGCAAGUGCUUCAAACUGAAGAACUUGAAAAAGAAAAGAAUGACAAUGCUGAGUUAAGACAGCAAAAUAAUGAAAUGCAAAUGCAAAUGAGCACCCUAUCGCAAUCAGAAAAUGACUUACUGACUAACAACAGCAAAAUGCGGGAAAUGUUGGAGCGUUUAAAAGAGGAAAUACGAAAUGCAAGAAGCCAAGCUGAACGGGCACAGCACGAAGCUGAAAAGCUGGUGGAAGAGAAGCGUGUAGAGUGGAUGGAAGAGAAACACAAGUUGCAGAAUCGCAAUACAGAGCUUGAGGAAAAAUACUGCCAGGCCAAAGACCGACUGCAGCGUGCCGCUUUAGCUCAAAAGAAGAGGAAAACACUGAAUGAAAGUAAGCAGAAAAGAUUGCAGGAAAAAGUCCAGAUGCUGGAGGCAAAGAAAGAAGAGCUGGAAAUUGAGAAACAUGCAUACAAACAAAAUGUUCCCUAUGAAAGCCAUGCAAGACUUCAAAAAAGAUUAAAGGAUUUACAGCGUAGACAUAAUGAAUUCCGAAGACUGUUUCUGGGGCCAAAUUUUUCAACUGCUGGCCUGUGUAAUUCCACCAAUUUUCUACCGUCUACCUUCAUGCAAGGCACAGAAGCAACGUGUAUGAAUGUUCAGGAAGAACAACAUCAAAGAGAGCUGUGUCUACUCCGCAAGCGAUUGGAGGAACUGGAGACUAAUCAGAAACAGCAGUUACAAGAACUUGGUGCUCUCAAUUAAUCAAUGUUUACAGAGCUGUGAGACUUCCAGUAUCUUUGGAGUCAUUCCGCUCUUGUUUGACUUGAAAUCAUUUGUUUGGUGCUAGCAACUAGUUGCAGUUUUGACUUUGGAACUAAUUGAUUACAGGUUGAACACACCAUACGAAACUGAUUUACAUGAAGCUGCAGAGUGUCUCAAGUCUUUACAAUCAAUUCUUGUGCCUUGAUAUAAAUUCUAAUCUGAGAGCCCAGUGUGUUGAUUGAUGAACUACAUUAUUUCACAAUUUACAGUCAUUCAUUUCCCUAUUUUCACCUGGUGAGCGAGAUUUAAUAAGGAUUUUAUGAAGCAGCGUUCUUCUGUCUUUGCGACUGUGCAUUUGUAGAAGUGUGAGGAAAGAUUAAAUUGUGAUGGGAAGUCUGUAAUAUGCUGCAGAAAAGCUGUUUUUCUCAACUUUAAUGAAUGAGGCUCUGAAAAUAUACAAGUGGAAUAUUACAGCAACUUCCCUCUACCUCCAGUUAUUUUGCUUGCUUAAUCACUACAUUUUGUCAAUCUUAGAGGUUUGUUAGACAAUUUCUACUCAACUUUGUAGCCUGUGUAAUAAGAUACUGUGAAAAUAUAGUCCCUGAUAGCUCAAUCACUUAACUUUUUUUGGGUGUUUCCAGUGUGUAAAAAAAAGGGAGCAUAUUAGAAAGCUGCUCCUUUUCCAAAGUGCUGAUGAUCACCACUCAAGUCAGAUGCAAUUCAGUCAGACUAAUGGAACCAGGAACACUCCCUCUCCCUACGAAAAACUGUUGACAUCGACCAUGGAAACAUCUGUUGAACCAAAAAUGGAUGGAGUUUUAUACUAAAACAAAAUAAAGAUCUGCAGAUACCGAAGACCUGAAACAAAAACAGAAAUUGAUGGGGAAUCUCAACUGGCCUGGCAGCAUCCAUGGAAAAGAAGCAGAGUCAAUGUUUAAAAUCCAGUGACCUUGGACCCAGUUCUGAUUAAGGAUCACUGGACUUAGCGUUAACUCUGCUUCCUGUCCACAGAUGCUGCCAGAGCUUCUCCAAAAUAUCUGUUUUUGUUAUAGAGUUUUAUUGGUUAGGGCAUCAAAGUAAACCACAUUACGAUCAGUGAAUGGCGACUAGGUACAGAUGAACUAUGAUCUUGAUUGAAUGAUGGCAUGGAGACAAGGUGCUGAAUGGCCACCUCCUGGCUAUUUAAUUCUUUAGUGCCUUUUCUAAGAAAAGUUGGGGUUUUGUUUCAAGUUGCCCGUUAUCAGAACAGAAAAUCUCUGACUCAGAGUAUCAAUUUACAUACGCUUCUAGAAUAAAGAGGUGACUUGCCUUCAAUUACAGAAUCCUGCACUUUUUAACCAGCUUUACUGACAUGAGUCAUGUUUGUAUUUUCUCUGCUUAAUCUAAGGUUUGAAAACAGCCUUUUAAAUUACGCUUGGAAGAAUAAAAAAAAUUAUACACAGCACAAAAUGCUGCUGAGGUUUUAAAAUUUGCAAACUUGUUCAUUUCCAAGUUUCUUUGUGCUACCUUAAAGCAAAACAACACCAUUCAUGGAUUUGUGGCUAAAUCCAGUGUUCCUGCACAGCACGGGGAAAUCUAACACCAGAUAACAAAAUACAUGAACCCACAGUGACAGGCUUUCCUGUGAAUUUGGCAUGACAGGAAAUCGAAGCCCAACUGUCUAGCAGCAUUCAACAGCAUGUUGUUCUGCUUAGUUUAUUCCUCCAUUGUGCAUUUUAUAAAAACCAAGUAUAUACGUCAAUUAUAUAUUGAGUCUUUUAGAAUUUCUACAGAAGACCAGAUAUAGUUUUACUGUUUUUAAAAAAACAUUAUGUUUGCAAAUGCGCAAGUGUUCUCUAUUUGACUGUGGUGAUGUGUUUGUUCAGAAGUUUACAGGUUUAUUUAUUUUUCUACAGCUAUUGAAUUAUGUCUCGGUGUGUCUGUAAGUAAUCGCAUUAAUUAAGCUGUAAGUUCAUACAUUAGGGCCUGUGUUCUGUGAUUAGCAAGUAUUGGCACACAGUGCAAAAAGCCCCUGUCAAGAACAGCAGCAAGAGUGGUAAUGAGUUGUGAAAUUUUAUUUGCAUUUUUAUAUGUAUUUAUUCCAAAUGUGACAUUUUCCAAAAUAUUUCUAAUUUAUUUUAAAUUUGCAUCAAAAAAUUUUCAACAUGUUUGUUACUCAUGAUUUUAUUUCAAAGUUUUUUAAAUACAUGAUUUUUCUAU